AUGGAGAAUCUUGUUGUUGAUUAUAAUUACACAAAAUAUGCUGAGAAGGGAACUCCUAAGUACAACCGUCUCCGAGACCUGGACUUGUUCGUCCUGGACAACUCGACCCGUGAGAGCACCGUGGGGCAGUUACGGGGGCAUACUCUGGAGGACAAGCACAAAGAUAGGAUUCCAGACACAGAGACCGUCCCCGUAGGAUUGCGCAAGAUGAAGGAGACGGGGCUUUGGAACGCGAUCUUAGAGGUGGACUUCGGCGAUGGGGUGUACGACUUCAGCCGCUUCAGCAUGGAGGACCUGAGCACGAUGGUCAAGAAAUGGAUCUUGUGGGUGUACGACAACCUGAAUCGAGACGCCAAAGUCCUGAUCAACUUGCGAGAUCUGACCGAUAUCAUGCACACAGUGCCCGUCCGGGCCUUCCACCUGGUCAAGUUCUUGGCCGAGAUGCCCGAGGAUGUCCGUUCCUUUGGUUUGCUGUUCGAGGAGGCCAAGGGCACCUGUAUGCCUGAGGAGUGCGGUAGCUGGGCCAAGUACAUCCGUAAGAUCAUGGAUGCUCACAACUGGAAUGGAAAAUUGCUGGUACACAUCCACGAGAAGUAUGGCUACGCAGACACCUCACAGCUCGAGAGUUUGAUGUAUGGUGCUGAUGGAACCUGGGGCAGCAUCUGCAUCGAAGGUGCUGCCAUGGGCAACGCAUCCACAUGCGUUACCAUGAUGAACCUCAUCCGCCUCGGCAACAAGAAGAUUCUCAAGAAAUACAACUGCUCGUAUCUGAGGAAGGCUGCCACUAACGUAACCAAAAUCACUACGGGUCGGGAUCCUCACCUCAAGCAGCCUGUGUACGGUGAAAGAGCCCUGGACUUCGUCUUGGGAUUGGCGAAGGAGGACUUCGACUUGGCUGAUUUCUUCGGGGAAGAAGCUCCCAAGAGGAUUAGCUCUUUAGCCUCCGAUGAGAUGAUCCGCUUGAGGAUGGUUGAGCUUUUUGGAGACGAUCCUCAGUUCACUCUUGAGCAGGCUCACAAGAUGAAAGAAGUCAUGCUUGAAGACCUUCGGAACAACAGGAAGGAGGAGUACAUGAGUCUGGUCGGAGUGGCUCUCCUCUUUGAUCGUGCUGGAGGCAAACUUACUGAGAAGAUGCGAGACAUGAUAGAGAAAAUGGAGAUGAACGACACCCAUUCAGAGAUGAUGCUCGACGAAGUCCGAAAGAUCUGGGACACCUGGGACCUGAAGGAUGAGGUGCAAGGAGACGAGAUGCUGCAGUACGACUCUUUCUACAACGGCUUCAUGGCACCAUACUUCGCCUGCUAUCGGUGCUCCGAUACUAGACAAGCUCUGCAGGCUAUUGAUAUGGAUGCAGACGGACAGGUAGACUGGAGCGAGUUCUUGGUCUACCUGAAGUGGGCGCUGUGA